GAACAGACCAAACUGAACACUAAACUUACACAUUCACCACAGAAGUUAAUCACAGAAGAGCAACUCCACUACAGAUCAUCCAAACAGCAUUAUCCAUCACAAUGUGGAUCCUUCAGAAAGUACAGGCGGGAGCAGAAAGCCUACCAAUGCAGAUUAAUCACCUUAUCAGCAAAAAUAAAGAGGAGAUUUCAGCCAAGACCAGCAUCUUCAAUAAACUGCACAGCAACGUCCUCACACCUGAUAAAAUUCCUGAAUUUUUUCUGCCGCCCAAGCUGACCAAGCGCUGCCUCAUGGCAGACACAGAAAAAAUCGUCCAUUGUCUGAAUGAAGAAAAAAAAGUUUCCAUCAGCUCAGCAAAAACAUCAUUGUCAAGACAUGGUACUGCCCAGUCACUGAGAGCGAGUCUAAACAAAUCUACAGCAGCCUUGAACAAACUCAAGCCCAUCCCAUAUUCACUGAAAUGCUACGAGUCUGGUUUAUUCGAGAGUCCGAACACGCGUCGCAAAGAGUCUUUGUUCCAUUCGGCACUUACUGGUUACACACUGGAGCAAAUGACCAUCAAAACACCCAAAUUUUCCUGUAGAGCAGUCCUGAAUAUGGCCAGCACAGAGAGUGACACGCCCUCUGCUGACUCCUCCCCUUAUUCCACUCCUCCACCAAUCAGAAGAGAUGAUUUCACCAGCGAACAGUCAUUCUCUGAAGAUCCAGUUCAGCAAGAUAUUUGUGCCUCUAAAUAUGAGAAAAAUAAAUUUCACUCCACUCCUGACAAAAAGUCAAAAGUGUAUCCCCGAACUAAAGUUAUUCAAACGUCCCGUUGCACCAAACUAGCCCCGCCCAUCGAGUGCCCACUGGACAUGCUGCACUGCCAGGAACGCUUCCAUCAGGAGCACGUGCUUCCUCUUCCUCAGAGAGGCCGUGUGCGCAUAUCUGCCUUCAGGUCCAGUGCAGCCAGGUGCUCUACGACAAUUCGAAUCCGUGUAGUCUCUGUGGAAGGCUUGAGAGAUCCUGGUGACCCUCGACCUCUGACCUGCAGCUUGACCCUGAGCCUCACCCCAGGCAAGCUGCAGAGGCAACACAGUGCCAUCAUUAGGAACUGCCGUAACCCUGUGUUCAAUGAAGACUUCUUCUUCCAGGAGCCAGAGGAGCAGCAGGGCAGUCUGGGAGAUCUGGCCCUCAGACUGAAAGUUCUGGAUAAGGCAUCAGGACUGGGGAGAGGGGUGGUGCUGGGAAUUGUCAUCAAACCUCUCUGUCAGCUACUGCCACUGUGAGACACAAACAAACAAGGAAACAUGCUCCAGAUUUGUAGUGUCAUUUUGACUAUAAUAGAGCCAUAGUUCUAAAUUAGCAAGAAUUAGUGCUUUUGAGCCAUGAAGGAUUCUAUGCUAUGCUGACAUCAUGAUCAAAAAUGGUCUGGUUUAUUGAUAUCGCAAAAAUGAUUUGGUAAAAAUUGUUGUUCAGCGUGAAGCACCUAAAGGCUGAAACACACCAAGCCGACACUGACGAACUAGUGGCGAAGAAAGCAGACUGCAGGGUUGGCUCAUGUCGGCAGCGUCUGGGUCCAAAGUUGUCCUGACACACCAAACCUACGCUCGACACCCGACGGCCAAGUAGCAUGUCCGUUCUGCGCCCACAUAAGAAGAAAUGCCUUUCCGUACCAGCAGGUGGCAGUAGCUGAACAGCCAAUCAGAAUGAUCAGAUGGCCCGACUGACCAGCAAGCUCCGACACUGAUUCAACAUGUCGAAUUGGCCGAAAAAAAGUCAACAAGGACCAACUUCAGCCGACGGUGUGGAACACACUGAGAAAACUUAGUCGGCCGACGAACAAAAACUGCCCGACGGCUGACCAUUGGCUUGGUGUGUUCCGGGCUUAUAAGGACAUGGUGAUAGAAAGGAAUAUGUAUGGAACCCCUAAAGCGACAUGGUGAUGAAAUAAAAUAUGAUAUAGGGGCAAAAAUUGUAUGUCAAUAUUUUUGCGUUCUCUCGCAAAUGUUUUG